UUGAUGUCUGUAGAGGAGGAGGAGAAGCAGAAGACGAGUGGAUUAACACCUGAGCUGCUCCUCAGAGUUGUUGUGUGUCUGUCUGACCCGACCUGUCUCAGAAACAAGCUGCGACCUCUGGGUCAGUCCAUGGGAAGAAUCUAACAAUGUUCAGCUUUGAGGGAGAUUUCAAGACAAGACCCAAUGUGUCACUCGGGGGAGCCAGCAAAAAGGAGGAGAAAGCAUCUCUGCUGCACCGCACCCAAGAGGAAAGAAGAAAAAGAGAGGAUGAAAGAAGACGUCUUAAGAAUGCUAUCAUCAUUCAGUCCUACAUACGUGGAUACCAGGACUUGAAACGCCAGUAUGCCAUCCAGAGGGCCAGGUUUGAUGAGUGUGUCAGUAAGACGCAUGCAGGAGGGGCUCAGCAUGUCUUGGACGGUCCUCGUCUUUGCCUCCUAUCAAGAGAACUGAUAUUUUUUUACAGACAGAGGGUGGAUGCACAUCGAUUGAUAUGGUUAUGCCAGAAUCUGGUGAAACACAACAGUCAGUUUGUGAAGCUGUUGGCGGGGCCACAGAAGCAGACAUGUACGUUUCAGAUCAAGACGAUCUUAGGCUUCUGCUGCAGACUCCUCCAGAACUGCAAGGACGACAGUUUAAAUGUGGCAGUUCCCAUGCGGAUGCUAGAAAUAUUUUCUUCAGAGAGAACCUAUCUUCCUGCUAUUCCAGAUCCUAACUAUGUAGCUUCAUUACUCGAGCAGAUUUUGCACUAUAUGGUACAGAAAGGAUACUACAGGUCGCUGUACAUUCUGGUGAAUCACAGGCUCCCUUCCAGUCUGGAGUACAGCGACGCUCCCUCUAUCCCUCUCGCAAGCACAUUGUUGGAGCACAUCCUCAAACCCCUGCACUUUACCUACUCCUCCUGCACAAUAGGCGCAAGGCAGUUUGUAUUUUCAGCCUUUACUAAGGAGUUCAUCUCGGCACCGUUUACCGAGCAGAUCUUUCACUUCUUUAUCCCGGCGCUAUCGGACCUCCGUCUCUCAUUCCCGUUCGAGGCCUUCCUGAGCUCCCUCCAGGGCACCGUCGCCUCCUCCUCAGCAGCACAGAGCCAGGCACCGUGGAUAUUUUACUUUGUCCUCUCUGCAGGGGAGAAUUGCUUAGGUUCUCUCUCAGAGGAGGGUCUCCACCUGUACCUCCGGGCCCUGCAGACGCUGCUGCCGCUGCUGCCCGUGUCGGAGGGCAGCACCAGGCCUGAGGUGAGCAGCGACUCGGAGGACGAGGAUAACGCUGGAAUCCAUUCAUCAUCAAUGCAGGAUGACAGUCGGAUAUCUGUGCAGUUGAUCACUGAAGAGUGCGUCCACAAGCUGGACACCAAGCAUCAGACAAACGCUCUGCUGAACCUGGUGUGGAGGGAUUCAGCCAGCGAGGAGGUCUUCACAAUGAUGGCGUCCAUCUGUCACACACUAAUGGUGCAGCAUCGCCUCAUGGUGCCAAAAGUCAGACUUCUGUACAGUUUAGCUUUCAACGCACGUUUCCUGAGGCAUCUCUGGUUCCUGAUCACCUCCAUGACAACUAAAAUGAUCACUGGCUCCAUGGUGUCGCUGCUACAGCUGAUCUCACGAGGUUCUCCCAUGUCAUUCGAGGCCUCGAACCGCAUCAUUCCCCUCUUCUAUCUCUUCAGCUCCCUCUUCAGCCACUCGCUUAUCUCCGUGCAUGAUAGCGAGUUUUUCGGGCAUGAACUGGAAGUUCAGACGCAGUCCUCCAGUAUGCCCUUCACACUGACAGAGCUGGUCACUUUGUCUCGCUGUCUGAGAGAUGCAUGUCUGGGAAUCAUCAAGCUGGCCUACCCUGAGACCAAGACGGAGCACAGAGAGGAGUACAUGGUGGCCUUCCGCAGCGUGGGCGUCAAGACCAACUCUGAGGUCCAGCAGCGUAUCCUGGCCGAACAGAAACGCUGGGUGCAGCUCUUCAAGGUCAUCACUAACCUGGUGAAGAUGGUGAAAGCUCGCGACAUUAGACGACCUUUCUGUCCCGCAGGUCAUUGGCUUUCGUCGGAGGUCAACAUCCGUGCUGAUAAGGUCACACAGCUGUACGUCCCCUCUGCAAGACACGUGUGGAGAACGAGAAGGAUGGGUCGCAUCGGGCCACUCCAGUCAAAUCUCGAUGUCGGCAUGGAGCCCGCACAGCUGUCUGUGACGGAAGAGAGACAUCUGGCCAUCCUCACGGAACUCCCCUUCGUGGUUCCCUUCGCGGAGCGAGUCAAGAUCUUCCAGAGGUUAAUCUAUGCCGACAAACGGGACGUUCAGGGUGACGGGCCAUUCCCUGAUGGUAUCAAUGUCACCAUCAGGCGCAACUACAUCUAUGAAGACGCCUACGAUAAACUCUCUCCAGAAAACGAACCGGACCUGAAGAAAAGGGUCAGAGUCCAUCUCCUGAAUGCUCACGGUCUGGAUGAGGCGGGCAUCGACGGUGGCGGCAUCUUCCGGGAGUUCCUCAACGAACUCCUCAAGUCGGGCUUCAAUCCAAACCAAGGUUUCUUCAAGACCACCAACGACAGCCUGCUGUAUCCCAGCCCCACUGCUGAGAUGCUGGUGGGAGCCUCCUUCACGCGACACUACUACUUCUUGGGCAGGAUUCUCGGAAAGGCGCUGUACGAGAACAUGCUGGUGGAGUUGCCCUUUGCCAGUUUCUUCCUUUCCAAACUUCUGGGAACCAGUGCAGAUGUGGACAUCCACCACCUGGCCUCGCUGGACCCAGAGAUGUACCGCAACCUCCUCUUCCUCAAGAGCUACGAGGGGGACACGGAGGAGCUGGGCCUCAACUUCACCGUGGUCAACAACGAUCUGGGAGAGGCUCAGGUGGUUGAACUGAAGCUGGGAGGCAAAGACAUUCCUGUGACCACAGCCAACCGGAUCGCUUACAUCCAUUUGGUGGCUGACUACCGACUGAACAAGCAGAUCCGGCCUCACUGCCUGGCCUUCAGACAGGGCCUGGCCAACGUGGUCAACCUGGAGUGGCUGCGUAUGUUUGACCAGCAGGAGAUCCAGGUGCUGGUAUCUGGGGCUCAUGUGCCAAUUUGUCUAGAUGACCUGAAAAAGUUCACAAACUACUCAGGCGGGUACUCGCCCACCCACCCUGUCAUCACGAUCUUCUGGGAGGUGGUCGACGGCUUCACAGACGACGAGAAGCGCAAACUGCUGAGGUUCGUCACCAGCUGCUCCAGACCUCCUCUGCUGGGCUUCAAGGAGCUGUACCCGGCCUUCUGCAUCCACCACGGAGGCACGGACCUGGAACGCCUGCCCACGGCCAGCACCUGCAUGAACCUGCUCAAGCUGCCGGAGUUCUGCGACGAGCACCUGAUGAAGAACAAGCUGCUGUACGCCAUCGAGUCGUCGGCCGGGUUCGAGCUGAGCUGAGGGGGGGGUGGGGGGGCUUCUCCGGCCCUGCAUCCAUGGACUCUGUGUCGUAGUAAUGGGAAGAAAAAGGCUUGGGACAGAGAGAAGGAAACGAGAACAGGGAAAGAAAAUGAUGCACUGACCUGCCUGAUUUACUGUGUGUUUGUGUGUGUGAGUGUGUGUGUGUGUGUGCCAAGUGAAAGGGUGGGGGGGGGGAUGAUCACCCACAGACUGAAAGGAAAGGGAUGAAGCGCAGUAGGAAGCCUUUUUUUUUUUUUUAAAUCCUCGUUGCUUUUAAGAAAUUUAAAUGUUUAAUCGCUCGUCGGAACACUUCAGUCGAGUUGUGCAGGAAAUAUAAUGCGCCGAAAUAAAAUCAAGAAUCCAACGGUAGCAGCUGCUCUCUUGUGUAAUCUAACAUGAACGGACAGUUAUUUUUCACCAAAGAUUAAGUGGCAUCAUAUUAAAUAAAAAAUAAAAAUAAAAAAAGGCAAUAUAAGAACAGAAGGGCAGACUGGAGGACUCCGAAGCCACCUUGUGAUGAGCCAAGGGCUGCUGCUGCGGAGGAGGAGGAGGAGCUUUGUGUACAGCCAUCAUUUAUUUUCACACAGAGGUCAUCAAAGCGUCAGUUUUUCUGAUUUCUCAUAUGAUUAUUAUGACCAGUAGUAACCAUCGUGUCCGAUAACCAUGCACACGCCAUCAGUGGAAAUGACUCGUACUGCUGGACUAAC